CCCUCUGGUAGACAGCUCCUCCAUGGACAGCAGCUCUAAACUGAGCAAAGUUUCAGGAUCUCGGGGGUUUUAUUGAGCUGGCAGAGCCUCUGUCAGGACCCCAGUCUCAGUGUCUUCAUGACGGUUGCUGACGGAGACUCUCUAGCGCUCAUCAUGCCUGUCCGAGCAGAGAGCUGCAGCUCCACCGGCGCGGCCUGCUCAUCCUCGGCCUCGCUUACUCCCGCUGCCCCGAUCAACACCUACCAGCCCGGCGUGGCCACGUCGCUGCUCUACAGCGGCUCUCAGUUUCGGGGUUAUCAGAAGAGCAAAGGCAACUCCUACGACGUGGAGGUUGUUCUGCAGCAUGUGACUGUGGAGGACUCAUAUUUGUGUGGAUACCUGAAGAUCAAAGGCCUGACUGAGGAGUAUCCCACUCUCACGACAUUCUUCGCUGGUGAAAUUAUCAGUCGAAAACGGCCUUUUUUAACCAGGAAGUGGGACGCGGAUGAGGACGUGGACAGAAAGCACUGGGGCAAGUUCCAGCCUUUUUGCAAAUAUGCCAAAAGCUUCAAUUCGGAUGAGUUUGACUAUGAAGCGCUGGACAACAGCGAUUACGUCUUCAUGCGGUGGAAGGAGCAGUUUCUAGUUCCAGACCACACUAUCAAAGACAUUAGUGGUGCUUCCUUCGCUGGCUUCUAUUACAUCUGUUUCCAGAAGUCCACAGCCACUAUCGAGGGGUAUUAUUACCAUCGGAGCUCAGAAUGGUACCAGUCUCUAAACCUGAACCAUGUUCGAGAGCACAGUAUGCCUAUUUAUGAGUUUCGGUGACGAACGCACACACGAGCAUCGAGUCGAGGAGGGGACGGUUCGUACUGCCCCGUGGUUAAAUGGGACGGGAACAACGGAGGGCCCUUUAGUGCCAAGAUCGGAGCAGACCCGUUUUCCCCGCUGCAGGGAAAUAAAACGUGGUCACUCCGAUGGCGACUGAAAGAAAGAAGGCACAGACAUGGAAGAGUUGACAAGAAGAUCAGUGACAGAUGGACGGUUCUUACAGUCACUGUAGAGCUCAUGUUUACCUCGGAUUUAAUUUUUACUUGUAUUUUGUCCUUUAUUUUGGGGGGUCUGUUUUUAUUUGACUUUUGUGCGACCCGAUUUCUUAGCGCUCUGAUUGGUCUUCUCGUUGUUGGACAUUGAAAUAUGUUCCUGUUUUCCUUCAGUGGAGAAACAUAAUUGCCUUUCAGCUAAACGUUGCAAAAGGGGGAAUACAUUUGUGAGAAGAAUUCCGUUCAGUAAAGCUUUUACAUCACUUGGACGCCCUGAAUAUGAUGGGGGGGGUUAUUGCCAAAAGGUUGCAAAAGUAGCAGUGAUCUGUUUUUUUUAUGCAAGAUCUGUAAGAGUGUGAGUUGUGGUCUGUUGCUCAGGGAUGGUGGGUUUGGGCAAUACGUAUUGAAAUAACUGAAAAACCAACAGCUGGAUGUGGGCUGAGUUAUAGGAUUACGCCGAUGUUGACCUCCGAACAGCUCAUUAAUAACCAAUAACCAAUCAUCAUUUCACAGCUGUCUCAACAACUCGACAAAAAAAGUCUUCACAUCAAAAUCGUCUCUAUGCAAGCCAAAGCUCACUAAUAGGUAGGAUUAGCAACUCAUUUAUUUUAUCUUCAGAUGAUUUAUCUUCCAGAGUGAUUUAUUUAUUUUUUAAAAUCAAGAACAACCUUGAGUGAAAAUGCAUAAGAGAAGUAAGACUUACAGAAAUAAAUAAGUAGAUUUAUUUAGCUACAAUGACCAGCAUCUGAAGCUCUGAUAUGUGACAAUACAUUCCAACUCAAUUAGUCUAAAUAUAAGAUUUUCAGUCCUGUAAUAGGUGUCGACAAA